AUGAAUCUACAAAAGCUUAUUUCUACUAGAGAGGGCCAGCGUCGUCUUAUUUCUUUACAACUGGAGAAAUUCAACAACGAGUUGUCACAGUCGGAGAAGACAGCCCUGCUCGAAAUCAUGGAGGAGAAGGCAGAGAUCAUCAAGAAUCUGAACGAGAAGAUUCUAAAUCAUCCAGAUGUUGACGAUUUGGAAACCGAACUGUCGGCGAAAACACCACUCCAGAACUGUCGGCGAAAACACCACUCCAGUAUUUGUGACCAACCAUCAUCUGUGCCAGGUUUGAAUCCAAGUGCAUCACCGUUCGUGAGUUCUACUUCCGGUCCAACGGGAACGACGGGAACCGCUAUUCAACUUCAUUCAACUACACAUCAAAGGUCGAAAGUUCUACUGAAGACUGCAGUCGCUCAAGUAAGUUCACAAGAUGAUAUUACAACUGCUACAAACAUAUUAUUAGAUGAAGGCGCGCAGAGGUCUUUUAUUACAGAAGAGCUUGCUGAGAAACUGAAAUUAAAACACACCGGUUCGGACACUAUAUCUUUAGCAUCUUUUGGUGGCAAAUCAGAACAGUGUCGUUAUAUACCCACGGGCAGAGUGUUUCUACACGUUGAACAGGGAGAGACCAUACCGUUAGACGUACUCAUUGUACCGACCAUUGCCGUGCCAUUACCAAACUUACAGCAAGAAGUGAAAUGCAUGAACUUUAUUAGAGGUCUUAAACUUGCGCAUCCUAUUUCUGACGCUGACGACGAUUUCGAGAUAUCGCUUUUGAUUGGAGCCGACUACUAUUGGCAGAUCGUCCAGAAUGAGGUCAUCAGAGGUAACGGACCGACGGCAUUGAAAUCAAAGAUCGGGUAUCUACUGUCAGGACCACUUCCGGUUGCUAAUAAAAAGUCGUCUGCUAGCUACAUGUUUAACGUCAUUACAGCGCCACCUAAUGUCACAGACCUUGAGAGGUUUUGGAAGCUCGAAUCAAUAGGGAUAUCUGAAGAUGAAGCUGAAACAUCUACUUCCGGUAUACUAAACACCUAUAAAGAAAACUGUAUCACGUACAAAGAUGGGCGUUAUGUGGCCAAGCUGCCUUGGAAAGAAGAUCACCCCGUGCUUCCUACCAACUACGAAGUUUGCAAGAGUCGUACAGAGAACACAAUUAGACGACUUUCAACAGAACCGAAUUUACUGAAAAAAUAUGGACAAAUCAUAGACGAUCAGUUGAAACGCUGA